AUGGUCAUGAAAUUGGACGAGAAGGACGGUUUCGGCACGACUGUGCUUUUGCUCGCUUGGGAGACUUUGAGCGUCGUCAGGUUGUCAAGCAAUCUCGCUAAGAAAUGUGACAAUUCUGGCGAGUCAAAUCCCAAUUUCUCGCCUCUGACCAAUCAGGAGUACCUGGAAGACUACGAGAUACGUGUUGCAUGCAUCAUACACCUCCUCGUCGAACACCACGGCGACGUCAACAUCGAAAACGACGGCAGAUGUCCGCUCUUAAUUACGUCGGGCUCGGCUUUUAGUGACAUCCUGAGCUUACUGUUGCAACACGGUGCUCGUGUACCUGCGUCUAUGACGGCAGCGGAGAAGCAUAAGCGAUCGCCUGCCCCUGCGGAAGGGACGACACUUAUGGGGACUGCUGCAUGAAGGAGGACUUCGUCACGGAGGAAAUAUGGGACGCGAAGCAUGGCGUUAUCAAGACUUCGUCUGCGAAGUUGCUGCUGUUUCAGACAGCAAUUGUUCGAGUCUACCUGCAUUCGACGCGGCCUCUGUGGUCGAUCCAUCGGUUGUUCGAACCUUUCCGCCGACGAAGGAAAUACUAGUUCCUAUUCACUCGAUCCCGCCUUCCAAUGUGCUGCGAAGACAUAGUCCGUGAAUCACUAUGUUCCAACUUUCUUCAAAAUUCUCUGUAUUGGCACGUGGUUUAGUGUCCGGUAUGAAUGGAAACUCUACAGC